AUGACGGCGGAGAGCCACCUGCAGGGCGUGGAGAUCUCGGCCGCCCAGUUCUUCGAGAUUUGGCACCACUACGACUCCGACGGCAAUGGGUACAUGGAUGGGAAGGAGCUACAAAACUUCAUCCAGGAGCUGCAGCAGGCGAGGAAGAAGGCAGGCUUGGAUUUAACACCCGAAAUGAAAGCUUUUGUGGACCAAUAUGGCAAAGCUACUGAUGGAAAAAUAGGAAUAGUCGAGCUUGCUCAGAUAUUACCAACGGAGGAGAAUUUCCUGUUGUUCUUCAGGUGCCAGCAGCUAAAGUCAAGUGAAGACUUCAUGCAGACAUGGAGAAAAUAUGACAGUGACCACAGUGGCUUCAUUGAUUCUGAGGAACUUAAGAGCUUCUUGAAAGAUUUAUUACAGAAAGCAAAUAAGCAGAUUGAAGACUCAAAGCUAACAGAAUACACAGAAAUAAUGCUCAGGAUGUUUGAUGCAAACAACGAUGGAAAGCUGGAGCUUACUGAACUGGCCAGGCUACUCCCAGUACAGGAAAAUUUUCUUAUUAAAUUUCAGGGUGUCAAAAUGUGUGCAAAAGAGUUCAAUAAAGCCUUUGAGAUGUAUGAUCAAGAUGGGAAUGGAUACAUUGAUGAGAAUGAACUUGAUGCACUGCUGAAGGAUCUCUGUGAAAAGAACAAAAAGGAACUAGACAUUAACAACCUUGCAACAUACAAGAAAAGCAUCAUGGCCUUGUCUGAUGGAGGAAAGCUGUACCGAGCAGAACUGGCUCUCAUUCUCUGCGCUGAGGAAAAUUAG